AAGUGUGAAAAUAAUUGAAGAACUAAAAUAGAAAAAAUUGCAUAAUCAUAAACCAAACUGCAACCACCCCUCUUAACGGUUGGUUGGUUUGAGAGAGAAGAAAGAAAGAAGAAGAAGAGAGAGACAUCUCGACCGAACAAGUCGCCAUUAUCAAUUCUUGAAGCAAACGAAGACGUCAAUUCUACCCACUGACUCCUGCUCUUGUUUUCCUGCAAUUUCUAUUCAUUUGUUUGCUUCAGAUCUCUGCAUUCCCUCUCCCAAUUUCUAGGGCUCUGCAUUUUCCUUUCUUAUAUAUCGACUCAUUCCUCAGUGAUUCACUGUGUGUAUGUGUGUGUUGAUGCACCUCAGUUCCUGCAUUCACUUGAUCGAUGAGAUUUCUGUAGAUUUGGUUUUGGUUGCUUGAUCGUUUGAUUAAUCGAUUCCUAAAAUGGCUGUGGAUGCUGGGCCUGUGACGCCUGGUCAGGUGUCGUUUCUGCUUGGAGUAAUCCCGAUUAUUAUCACAUGGAUAUAUGCUGAGUGGUUGGAGUAUAGGAAAUCUUCUACCCCUUCUAAAGUUCAUUCAGAUAAUAACCUGGCUGAAUUGGAAAGUGAAGCUAUCAAAGAAGACGAGCGAGCAGUAUUAAUGGAAGGUGGUCUCGCUAAAUCUGCAUCUACAAAAUCAUCCAGUCCAUCAAUUAAGACUAACAUAAUAAGGUUUCUAACCAUGGACGACGCAUUUUUACUUGAACAUCGACUACUUUUAAGGGCAAUGGCUGAAUUUGGAGGAAUUUUGUUCUAUUUUUAUAUUUGCGACCGGACAGAUAUAUUUUCAGAUUCUACCAAGAACUACAACCGCGAUCUGUUUAUUUUUCUGUAUAUUCUUCUCAUCAUAACUUCGGCAAUGACUUCUCUUAAGAAGCACCAUGAUAAAUCAGCUUUUUCUGGAAAAUCAAUUCUAUACCUCAAUCGCCAUCAGACUGAGGAGUGGAAAGGAUGGAUGCAGGUGCUGUUUCUGAUGUAUCAUUACUUUGCCGCAGCAGAGAUCUACAAUGCAAUUCGCAUUUUUAUUGCUGCAUAUGUUUGGAUGACUGGCUUCGGAAACUUCUCCUAUUAUUAUAUUCGCAAAGAUUUUAGUGUUGCUCGAUUUGCUCAGGUGAUUUUACAAUCUGUCACUGUUCUUUUUUGGUCUUCUAACAAUUGGUUUAACUUGACUGGGUUAUUGCAGAUGAUGUGGAGGCUCAACUUUUUUGUGGCAUUUUGUUGUAUUGUUCUUAAUAACGACUAUAUGCUGUACUAUAUCUGCCCGAUGCAUACCCUUUUCACUCUAAUGGUGUACGGGGCUCUUGGCAUUGGCUACAAGUAUAAUGAUAUAAGAUCAGUCAUGGCUUUGAAGAUUUUGGUGUGCUUUCUCGUUGUUAUCUUUGUAUGGGAAGUUCCUGGAGUUUUUGUAGUUCUAUGGAGUCCUUUCACUUUUCUCUUAGGGUAUAAUGAUCCGGCAAAACCAGAACUUCCUCGACUUCAUGAGUGGCAUUUUAGGUCUGGGCUUGAUCGUUAUAUUUGGAUCAUCGGGAUGAUUUAUGCUUAUUUUCACCCGAAUGUUGAAAAGUUGAUGGAGAAAUUGGAGGAAUCUGAGGCAAAGAGGAGACGUACAAUCAAGACAUCCAUUGUUACUGUUACCUUAAUCGUUGGCUACCUGUGGUACGAAUACAUUUACAAGCUGGACAAGAUUGCAUAUAACAAGCUGCACCCUUACACAUCAUGGAUUCCCAUAACUGUCUACAUUUGUUUGCGGAAUUUCAGCCAGAACCUUCGGAACUAUUCCUUGACACUUUUUGCGUGGCUUGGGAAAAUUACUUUGGAGACCUAUAUUUCCCAGUUCCACAUCUGGCUGAGAUCUAAUACGCCCAAUGGACAGCCUAAAUGGCUGCUAUCCUUCAUUCCAGAUUAUCCCAUGCUUAACUUCAUGCUGACAACUGCCAUUUAUAUCUUGAUAUCAUGCAGGCUUUUUGAGCUCACCAAUACGCUUAAGUCAGCUUUUAUACCCACUAGAGAUGAUAAGAAACUGUUCUACAAUUUUUUUGCCGCGGUUGUCAUCUCCGUGUGUCUGUAUUCCAUUUCGUUCAUCCUGGUUCAGAUUCCUCAUUAGUCAAUUUGGUGCAGAUUUCUGCAUGGAGAAGCUAAGGUGUAGUCGAAUGCUCGGCCCGACGUGUAGAAAAGGAAAUCUGGGACCUCAAAGUUCUUCGUUUGAUGAGUGGUGAUGGUUCAUUCCUAGCAAUUUUGUGAGAUAUCGCUGCAUCCCUUUUUUGGGCUCUCAUUGAAGAAUGGUGGAAAUUUCAGUGCUAUUUACAAGUUUAACGAGGAAAACAAAAAAAAACAAAAAUUGGAAAGUGUAUUUGUUACACGCACAGCACAACACUAUUCAUAUUCUUUGAUUUCCCUUAUGCCAAAAAAAAAAAAAAAAAAAAGUUUACAGGUUAUAGGGAUACCACUGGUGGUCUACCUGUGUUUGGUGGGGUACAUAUUUUGAUCAA